GAUGCCCAAGCACAAUGGGCAGCCUCCACGAAGAACGCAGAUGUCCGGUGGGAGCAGAAGGAGUGCUUCGCCCAGGGCUGGACGCCCGGGAAAGACCUGGAGGAGUGCACAAGGAGCAACAUCCAGGGUUUUCCGACCCUCAAGAUCUUCGGGGGCACCGCACCUGCCCAGGGGGAGGAGUUUGACGGUGGCAGGUCUGUUCCGAACAUCCUCUCGUGGGUCAG